UCCUUUUUUACUUUUUAUUAUCUUAAAGAGUGAGGAAUGCAUUGUGAUAUGAACUGAUUUUAUUCUGCGAUGUAGACUUCUUAGUAACUUUUCCCAUUCAGCAAACAUCAGUAAGAUUUCACGUUCUGCAUUACGUGUUCUUUAGAACCCUGUCUUUCAACUAUGGUAUGAAUCUUGUAGCUGUGGAAAUGCUCAGGUUAAGUACUGUUUGAGGAUUGUAUUUGGUGGCUUUUCCUAUUUAAGACACAUUUAAGAAAUGAAACAAAGCACUAAAAGCCCGCAGGCACUCUGCUGCUACCUGUACAACCGUUCUUUGUUAGCUCAAAAACACUUUACACCCACAAAGCACUCUCAGCUAUGAAGUUGCUGUCUGAGCUUUUCUUACCAUGUGUGGAGUUGUUGGAGAUAUUUUUGAGCUUUAGUGGCGAGAAAAUUAAACUGUAAAGAAAGCUCUUGGAAAAAAAAACCCUAAUACUUGCAAUAUUUGAACUUCUCCAAUUGCACAGUGUCUCUUUUGAUUUAGUUUUUAGUAGUUAGCAGGGAAGGUGAGUUUUCUGAUUAACUUUCAUGACCCAGAGGCAACAUUAAUAUAUUCAUUGCAGUACUGAAUUGAGAAUACUGGAAAUGUCAGGCAUUCAUGUUAUCAAAGAAGCUGCUGAAACUAUUGGUGUCCCGAAGCUUGCUUACUUCUGAUCUGUUAGGAUCACUACCCUGGGAAGCUUGCAAGACCUGCUAGCAGUGUGGGGUCUACCAGUCAUGAAACGAAUUCUUCUGUUUUUCAUCCUGGCUGCUGCAGUCAUGUAUGGUAUAUUGCAUGGAAAUCUGUGGAGAAAUAACUUCUACUGGAUUAGCUUUUAUGGACAGACUUCUUCUGUGAGGGGUCCUUCUUCCAAUGAGGCUAGUGGAGUUACCCAGCUGCCACCUACGGCUGUGGAGAGAAGGAACGCACUGGACACUUGUCUUCUGAAACCAGCAUUUGAAUCCUUACUGGAUGUUGACAAAAUAUACCCGUUCCUGUGUGCCAAUGAUUUUAUCAGAGUAGCAGAGUUCCAUGGAAGUGAUAAGUUCGAGCUACCUUAUGGAAUAAAGAGAGCAGAACAAUUUUUUCGUUUAGCCCUUUCGAAACUGCAAAAUUGUGGACUGUCCAACGAAGACGGCAGUGUUGCCUGUCGACGGUGUGUUGUGGUCGGUAAUGGAGGAGUACUUCGAAACAAGACGUUAGGGGGGAAAAUUGACUCAUACGAUGUGAUAAUAAGAAUGAAUAAUGGCCCUGUUAUAGGCUACGAAGAGGAUGUUGGGAGAAGGACGACUUUCCGCCUUUCCUACCCGGAAUCCAUCUUUUCGGAUCCAAUCCACUACGACCCAAAUACUACUGUUGUUAUUAUCGUCUUCAAGCCACGUGACUUAAAGUGGCUUUGGGAGAUAUUAGGCGGUCAGAAAAUAAGUGCUAAAGGCUUUUGGAAGAAACCAGCUCUGAACAUGAUAUACAAAUCUAAUCAAAUCAGGAUUCUUGAUCCUAGCAUCACCAGAAAAACAGCUUAUGAUUGGCUUCAUUUCCCAACAAGAUUUCCCAAAAAAGAGAAACCCAAGCAUCCAACAACGGGGCUAAUUGCCAUUACACUAGCAUUUCAUAUCUGUCAUGAAGUUCACCUGGCGGGCUUCAAAUAUGACUUCACUGACAGGAACAGUUCUUUGCACUACUAUGGCAACGAAACGAUGUCUCAGAUGAUGCAGAAUGAAUACCAUGACAUCAGCGCUGAGCAGAAAUUCUUGAAGAAGCUUAUAGACAAGAACUUUGUGGUCAAUUUGACGUGAAAGCUGGAUGGAAAAUAUGAAGAAUAAUCACUAUUUUCAAGAUUUCAAAAUGUUUUAUUUUUUGUAUGACAUUUUUAUUUUUUAAGUGCAACAUAACUGUUUACUGUUGAAAAACAGCACGGAAACCUCAUAAGGCAGAAGCUUCUUCUAAGCCAGAGGAUAAUGGACUAUUCCAAGCUGAGCUAACUGAAUUUCUGUGAAGCUAUUUAAUGGGAAAAACACAAAACUUUCAGCUGAAAGUAUCAGGGAUGUAUAAAAAUGUGAUUCACAUUACUUAUUUAUCAGCAAGAACUUUUUUCCAAAUGGUUACUUCUCUGGAAUACCUUCUUUUCUAAUGUCCUCCAAAAGGAUUACACUGUUAAGAGACUGAGACAACUGUUCAAGUAGUGGGUGGAUGUCAAUGCUUGAAUCUUGUAAUACGAAAGUGGCUUUACAAGCGAUGCCUUUAAGUCAUUACUGUGUGUUUGGGAGAAGGGGAAACAUGCACACGUACAGAUUUCAAUCUGCCCUCCUCCUGAGCAGAGGACAUCCAUCUUCUGUGAAGAAGCCACAACCUGCACUGGUCAUCAACUCUGAACUGCUGUCUGUGUGUGCCAAAGGUGAAGACCCUUUGGUCUGUUUACUGGAGAUGCUGGCGUUGACAAUGCUCAUGUUGUACCAGUUUAUGGAAAAAAACAUAUGACCUGUGCUGUGCUUCCAAUAAAUUUUACAGUUUUUGACUUCUCUUAGAAUAGAGGGAGUUUGAAGAUGAAGCUUUGUCUCGACUGCUUGUGUCUCUUGCUUCCCCCAAAUGACAACAGGAAUGUGAGCUCAGACAGAGAUGUUCACACUUGAGUUUAACCUUAGAGGCACAGGUUUUUGGAUUUCCAGACUUCAGGAUAAUCUAGUAUGUCUUUCUGUUCUCCUGCAAGAAUGACAAUAUAUUUUUCCAACUGUAAUCCUCUUUCUCGCAUGCUGCAAAGCAUUUACAACUCUGACAUGCGUAAGUACGAACAAUAAAUGUUCCUGUCUUCGGCAGCAGAAUGUACUGGACACUGUAAGACUGCAUCAGCUGAAUUACUGUUUGGCUACCGUUUACAUCUCUCGAGGUUUAAAUGAUGUGGCUGAGCUAAAUCAGUGGGCAUUUGCAUGGGAAUUUAAUGGAAACAUUUAUUGGGAAGAUUGUGUUUCCUGUAUUGAUUUGUUUCAGUCACCCUACCAAAUAAGUUAUAUUUGCCUGGGAAUGUACUUGACAACUUUUAAAAUGAAAGAACAAGUAGAAUUCCAUUCUAAAUCUUUCACAGGAUCUAUUUAUAUAUCUUUUUAUAGAGUCAGGCUUUUUUGGGAAGAUCUUUAUAUUUAUCUACUGAUCAUACCUGAAGAAAACACUAAAAUCUGUUUCAAAAAAGUCUUCGAAGUGGAUAGAAAAAAUUUGUUGCUUUUUAAUAAAAAGACACAAAGAUGUAGUACAUCUGGAACCAGUGCAAGCAAUUACAAUAUGAUCUCAAGCCUCUAGCAGGUCAUGAGCACAGUGUUGUCUUUUUCAGGAGCUGAGCAUUACAAGAGUACUGAUCCCAGUUCCUUUGCUGCAGCAGUGUAGAGGAGUAAGCACUGGAGUGACCAAAGAGCCAUCAUAUCUUUUUCUUAUUUCUCUUGCAGAGUGCAAUUGGUGAUUAAAAAAAAUCCUGAUAGCUUCUUUAGCUCCUUGGCUCUGCCACUUGGCAGCUGCUGAGUGCAGUGUGACUUUGGAGGCAAGCCACUGCCAAAGAAAAGGUGGCUUGUGCUGUUGUACGCUGUUUUUACCUAGUGACUCCUGGCUUCUGUUCAAUUUCAAGCAAAUGGGACAUAUUUAAAAUAACUGCAGAUGUCAUAAAAAUGUGCAUCCCAGUGUGGCACAAGGAGGUGGUAGUUCAGCCAUGAUGGUGCUUCUGCAUGGAGGGGCCCCUCAAACAGCUGUGUGCAGGUGGCAGCAGGGGCAGAAGGAGCAUGCUGGAGGAUCAGGUCACGUACCUGUGCUGCAGGAGUGGAGGAAACCAGAAGUAAUUGAAGGGAGUGUAUAAGCAGGAGGGGGAAUGGCUGUUUACAAGGGUGGAUAGUGAUAGGAAAUGGGGGGAAUGGUCUUAAACUGAGACAGGAAAGUUUAGGUUGGAUAUCGGGAGGAAGUUUUUCACUCAGAGGGUGGUGAGGCACUGAACAGGUUGCCCAAGGAGGCUGUGGAUGCCCCAUCCCUGGAGGCAUUCAAGGCCAGGCUGGAUGUGGCUCUGGGCAGCCUGGGCUGGUGGAUGGCAACCCUGCACAUAGCAGGGGGGGUGAAACCAGAUGAUCAUUGUGGUCCUUUUCAACCCAGGCCAUUCUGUGAUUCUGUGAUAAAGUAGCAGAAGUGGUCUUACUUAAAAAUCUGAACAGAAAAAGGUGGAGUUCUGCACCAGAAAACAGUGACGCUACCUUUAGCUCUGUCAGCAUCUAUGCCUCAUGUUUACCUCAGUCACUUAGAAAGUGUUCAUGACUAUGCAGCACCAGCCCUGCACUGAUUCAGACUACUGACGGCAAAUCCACAAGAAAACAAAAGGGCAAGGAAAGGUGUUUCGUGCAGCUGGCAGUGCUGAGCUUUCUUUGCACAGAAGUCCUUGUAGGAGUCUCACUAUGCUGAGGACAGACAAAAUAACUGGUAAAAAGGACUUCGUGGCAAACAGAUGGUGUCCCCAAAUUCCUUUUUUACUUACAGUAGUCUCCUUUAUUCUCAUUUUUAAUCACAUCACUGUUAUGGUCUCAGCUUCUUUUCUGACAUUGGAUAUUGUAAAUGUGCUCAAAAUGCUGCCUGCAGGCAUUUAUCCCUAUCAGCUGCUGUUUUUUUAUUUCUCCUCCGUGAGUCUUCCCUUGUUCAUGACUUUCUCCUUCCGAUAAUUAGGCAGUACUCCUGUGCAUGCUUUCUGCCCACAUCUCUCUCUCCUGCAGGAACACUGAUUCCGUAUGGGCUGAGGCUGCUGUCGUGGCAGGCGGACUCUGCCAUAUUCAGAGCCAGACCUGUUUGCUUGGGCAUGAAGCAAGAUUUGAUAGUAUUGAUAAACAGUAGGCACUGGUUUUUUUGAAAAAGGACAGCUGGCAGUCCAGCAGCUUUUAUCUUCAGCAAUUAGCAGUGUGUUAAUUGGUUUUAAUUGGUUUUCUCCCUUAAAUGUUUUAGAAGGGUUCUGUGUAUACUGGCCCUGCUUUGUCAGUGUCAUGCCACCUCACAUGGCCACUUCUGCUGUUCUGCCUUGAGAACAGACUUCUGUGUGGACUUCUUGAGGGCAGGAAUUAAUGUAUUUACUUGGUCAAUAAUGUCUGCAGAUUGUGGUGCCUAUUAUAUCUGGGUCACGUUUUCAAUGGUAGCAUGUAAUAUCAAAGGUUGGCCUUAGGGCUUUAAAAUUUUAUUAUAUAAUAACAGAAGGGCUACAAUGCAUACCUCAAAUACUUCUUAUUUUUUGCCUUUCCAAAGGCAAGGUUUCUGCACUGAAAUUUUCCUUUGAAAGCUGCCCAUUACUUUGAUUACAUCAUCAGUGGAGAAGCUGUCAAAUUGUGAAUCCCAAGGUGCUCAACCCCUAUUUUUGUGUCUGUAGUAGCGUGUCUCCACAGGUAUGAGUACCCCGUGAAGUUUCUUUCUGAAUCUAUUGCAAAGUCAGAUGGUUUCACCACUGCUUCUUCUCUUCCUCUUCCCCAGCAGUGGACUGAAGCUCACACCAGCAGCAUCUUGCAGCAGAGAUGCUCCUGUGUUUUAUCUGCUAGCCCUACAAAAUGCUGCACCGUUAUAAAGACCUCACUCUGAAGUACCGAAGUACACACAAGUAGCAAGCUGGAUAACAUCCAUCAGCCCAAGUUCUGUUUGGCCCAGACCCUUAGGGAGCCUGUUUGUUUUUGCCAGUAUCUUUACUGUAAUAAUUAAAGGAAAUACUGAGUUACUAGAUAAGGAAGGUCACAAAUUACUGCACUGAAUAUGAACUGGACAGUGCCUAACAGAUUCAGCUAAAUCAUAUUUUUUACGGCUGCUUGUUGAGAACAACACAGAAUCACAGCUUUUGUGUUUAUUGAUCAGUGAGUGUAUGGUACCUCUUGUUUCCUGUGCCAGGAUUCUUUUUUAGCAGUGCAGGUAAUAAAGUACUGUCACUUUUAAGCGGAGCCUGAUCUUAAGACCAUGCAAAGCUCAACGUCUGUUUCUGAUAUAGAUUAGUACUUCAUUAUUUUAUUUGCAAUUUGUCUCAAGUUUAUGUGCCUUUAAAGUGUCAACUGUGUUUUGAAGGCUUUCUUAUGGAUGUUUCAAGUGAAAUUUUGAAUGCUACGGAUGGAAAGCAAUUAUUUAUCUGUGAAUAAAUGGUGUUAAGAUGUUA